GUUGUCUAUACUUAUGAUAAACAGUUAAACAUAAGAUCACAAUGUGUGUAACACAGACUCUUGUGGACCACUUGCUCAGUGUAAUCCUGAUGGGGGCUGUAUUUGUGUUCCUGGGUAUGAAAUCAUCCCUACGCGCUUGCCAACUCCAGAUUCAUUUGGUUGUGUUGACAUUGAUGAGUGCCAGACUGCAGGAAUUUGUGGCCCUUACUCCAAUUGUACCAACACCAUGGGAUCCUACCUCUGUACCUGUUUGACUGGAUUUAAGGCAACAGAUCCAGUAUUACCACUUGGAACAUCCAACCCAUGCAAAGAUACUGAUGAAUGCCUUGACAAUAUCUGUGGUGAUCAUGGGACCUGCCUCAACAACCCAGGAAGUUAUGCGUGUGAAUGUUAUAAAGGCUACCACAUUGUAUCUGAAUCAAUCCCUGUUUGCCAAGAUAUCGAUGAGUGUUUCAACUCAACUGUUUGUGGUCCUGAUUCUGUUUGCACCAACACGCCUGGAACUUAUACCUGUGCAUGUCAAGUGGGAUACUCACCAACUAUACCAACCAAGGAACCCAGCAAGACCAACAUCUGUAUUGAUGUUGAUGAGUGUGUUCAAGAUGCUACUGUGUGUGGACCUCAUGCCAACUGCACAAAUUCAGUUGGAUCUUACAUUUGCAGCUGCUUCCCUGGGUAUCAUCAGCUGAACAAGCCAGAUGUGAUGGCCAGCGUUGCUGUCCUAUGCACAGAUAUAGAUGAGUGCAGUGAAACACCUGGUAUAUGUGGUAAACAAACUGUGUGCACCAAUUUACCGGGGACCUUUUACUGUUCUUGUCCUGAUGGAUCCUUUCCCUCAACUGGAAUCUUGUGGAAGAUCGGGGUCUCAUUCUGUCAAAAUGUUCAAGAUGUUCUAGAUGCAAUUGUACCUCCCAAGGGUCAAACAAAAGAAAGAGCUUUUCUUGACAAUUUGGAUCAACAGCUUAAGAACAACCCAGGUGUUUUCCUACCAGAAGCGACAGUGACAAACAGCUUUUCUGCAUCAAUGCAAGUGUCAGGUGUUGGACCACAGGUCAAGUCGAUCACGGUGAGUAGUGGAGGAGAUGGGGAAACCGGUAGUGUGAUCCUGGGCAUCUCAGACCUUCUAGUUUCUGCAUUGGUACCAACAACUUAUAACCAAAUCAACAAAGCAGUGCAUACUUCAACAGUAGAUUUGAGCCUACGUGCCAUUGGUCCAGAGAGUCAUGACGACAAGAUUGUCAGCCUUUCUGCCAAAGGACAGACCAUGGAAAUCAACUUGGAGGCUCUAGCCAGCACCAACAAUGGUUCUGCAGCAGCUGCCUUUAUGACACUGGAUGGGAUGGAGAGUCUUCUUAGUCAUCAAUACUUUAAAACAGAGAACCAGACCGAGAUGUACUCGGAUGUUUUUACUGCAAUCUUACCAACAAUAAACAACAUCAACCUCAUUGAGCCUGUCAACUUUACCAUCCAACAUAAGAAGAAAGUACCUCAAUCUGGAAUAGUUACUUGUGUGUACUGGGAAAACAAAAGCAAGAACAACAAAGAGGGACAAGGAGAUGCAGGAGGAAGAGAGGGAGAGACGAUGCGCUGGUCAAUAGACGGCUGUUGGGUUGCAUACUCUGAUGAAAACUACACAGUGUGCAGCUGCUCUCACCUCUCUACCUUUGCCCUCAUCAUGCAGAUUGGGGAGCCUCCACCGGAUAAUUCUUUCCUUGACUGGCUGAACCGAAUGUGUGUGAUUGUGGGACUAUUCUUUUUUGCUUUAGCUAUCUUAACCUUCCUCCUGUGUAGCUGGAACCCCAAAAUCAACAACACAGCCCGUCUUCACCUCUGCCUCAACCUAUCAUUGUCCCAACUGCUGCUGCUGUGGAAUGACAGAUAUGUUGAAAAUGAGCGGUCCUGCAAAGUCAUGGCGGGCCUUCUCCAUUUCUUAGUUGUUGCAAGCUUUGUAUGGAUGCAGCUGGAGGCGCUACAGCUCUACCUGUUGGUCCGGAGGCUCUCUAAGGUGCAGGUCAUCCAGAGAGAUGGCCUCCCCAGGCCAGUCCUUUACCUGAUUGGCUACGGUGUUCCAUUUGUGAUUGUGGGUGUUUCUGCACUGGUAUAUUCUCAUGGAUAUGGUGCUACUGAGGCAGGGGUGUGCUGGCUCUCUACACAGCGCAAUUUCAACUGGGCUUUAACAGGCCCCGUGAUUUUUAUCCUUGGAGCCAACUGGAUAUUGUUCUGUGCUACUCUAUGGAGUCUGAGACCCACCUUGGCAAACAUGAAAAGCGAUGUUUCUCAAUCCAAAGACACCAGGUUGAUUGUGUUCAAGAUCCUUGCCCAGUUUGUCAUACUGGGCUGUACCUGGAUUCUAGGCCUGUACCAGACAAACCUUUUCUUCCAGGUCCUCUUCAUUUUCCUCAACUCCCAGCAGGGCACCUUCCUUUUCAUCGUCCACUGCCUGCUCAAUAUGGAGGUGCGAGAAGCGUAUAUAAGAUGGAUGACAUGCUCUUGUGGAAAAAACAGCUCUUUGAAAGAGGCACCUUCGGUCUCUGAGGAUUUGGACAAGUCUGUGUGAUAAUCAGAUGUGUGUGUGUGUGUGUGUGUGUAAAUGUCUAUGUUGUUAUAUGUUAUUGUACAUCUCAUAUGGUUCUAGCUGGCUAUUUUCAUUGUCCAACGACUGAAACGAAAUGUUUUAAAUUAAGCUUCAAACAGUGAGCGCUACUCUAACUGUAAUCAGGUUUAUUUAGAUGUGUAUAGUUGCACAAUACAAUAAUUAAUGUUGUAUUAACACCAUUGCCUAAUGUCAUUAUGCUGAAUAGAUUUGAGAUGUAGCUCAUAUAGUUUGAUAAUCACACUUCAAGCACAGUCAAGCUUUUAGAAACCUACUUUCUUUGGUCAUUUCUACACUAUUAUCAUUAUUAUAACUUAUUAUAUUAACCUAUAACCAUUAAAUUGCCUUAUUACUUUAAUGUUGUACACAUUAGGGCUAACACAAAAGACAAUAAUAGUGUAAAAUAUUUUUAACUCCAGAAUAUCUUAUAUAAUAUUACAAGUCAUCACAGUGUUAUGAAACACUGAAAUUGUCACCAUCUCUCCACCCAAUUAAUUUGCCUGGGUGUGGCAGCUUUCUCAAACAUGCUAUUGCCCACACUCUCAGUCAGUCACUAUCUAAAAAAACAAACUUUCUACAAAGUAAAAACAUUCAUGUCUCAGUUGUUUCUUUAUAUUUACAUUUGUAUUGUAUUUACAUGAGAGCUGAGACGUUUUGAGGUGUGUCAAACUUUACAAGACAAAUUCAAGGGAUGAGCAAAGCCAGGCAUAUUCCCUCUCAUUUACAUUGUAUGCAUUUAAAUUGUAUCACACAGUGAUUUAGUAUUACUUGCGGUAUCACAAAAGCAUAUUCAAUUUAUAUUUAUCAGACUGGUAGCAUGAAAAAAUCACCAAGGAGUGCAAUGAUAAAGUUUACUUCUUUGUAU